AUGCCGCAAUCAUCUAAAGAAAAGAAACCAACAGAACUUAACCCAAGAACCACGAGUUAUGAGUUCCUUGGACCCAUAGGGGCCUUAGGCAUGGUCACUAUUUUGCCUCUGCUUGUUCUCUUCUUGGCAACUUGUUGCGAUGCAACAGGUUAUCCAUCGCGAGAUCUCUUUGUUGACUGGAAAGGAUAUCUUCAGCAUAAGUUUUCAGUGGAACAACUAGUCUCAUUAUUCGAUAAGCAAGUUUUUAUGAUCUAUUGUGGAUAUGUUGCAGCACUUGCUCUAUUUUACAUUAUUUUACCUGGUGACAAUGUACCAGGAACUGUGUUGAGAGACGGAACAAGAUUGAAAUAUAAAUUGAAUGGAUUUGCUUCUUUCCAUACGCUUAUUUUUGGCGCUAUUUACUUUUUGAAGAGCACUGGGUUGAAACCAUUGGAAUAUGUCUAUGAUCAUUAUGCCAGCUUUACCCUUGCUUCCAUCCUAUUUAGUUAUAUUAUUUCAUUAUAUGUCUAUUUAGGUAGCUUUGGGUCUAACAAGCUUUUGGCAUUGGGAGGAAAUACCGGCAAUCCUAUCUAUGAUUUCAUGAUUGGAAGAGAAUUGAAUCCUCGCAUUGGAAGCUUUGAUAUCAAGUUUUUCACCGAACUUCGUCCUGGACUUAUUGGAUGGUUGGUGAUCAAUUACUGCUUAGCGGCCAAGCAGUAUUUAGAUCUUGGAUAUAUCACAAACACCAUGAUCCUUGUUCAAUUCUUUCAAACAUGGUAUGUAGUUGAUUCACUUUGGAAUGAAGAAGCCGUUUUGACUACGAUGGAUAUCACAACAGAUGGAUUUGGCUUCAUGUUGGCAUUUGGCUUAUACACCUGGGUACCAUUCACGUAUACACUUCAAGCUCGUUAUUUGGUUGACUUUCCUCGUACAGUCAGUUGGUUUGAGUUUGGAGCCAUCUUGGCUCUCAAUUUCCUUGGAUAUUACAUCUUUAGAGGCGCCAACUCUCAAAAGAACGAAUUCCGUGCUCAUCCAAACAGUCCAAGCUCAAAGAAAUUGAAAUAUAUCGAAACCAAGAGUGGUAGUAGAUUGAUUAUUUCUGGUUGGUGGGGUAUGUCAAGACACAUUAAUUAUCUUGGAGAUUGGUUAAUGGCUUUAUCAUGGAGUUUACCAUGUGGAUUUGGUUCAGUGAUCCCUUACUUUUAUCCUAUUUAUUUUGCCAUUCUUUUACUUCAUCGUGAAAGAAGAGAUGAUCAUAAAUGUAGAACUAAAUAUGGUGCAGACUGGGAAAAAUACUGCAAGAUUGUUAAAUAUAGAAUCAUUCCAGGAAUUUAUUGA